AUGAUAUUCUUCAUUUUCCUUGCUGUGGGACUAUACUUGGAAAAUGAAUCCACUUCCCAAACCACUGAUUGCACGCACUUAAGAGAGCUCUGCCUAAAUGAUACAGAUGGAUGUAAACAGGCCUGGAGAAUAAUGGAAGAUGCCUGCAAUGUUUCAGAUCCAGGCAACACCUGCCAGAUGAAGGAUUCAUCCAGCUGUAACCAGAGCAUCCAGUUCUUAGCAGAAAGCAAUUUCCAAUUUAAAGAUUGUCUCUGCUCCGAUGACCUCUAUUGUACUGUUAACAACUUGAUUGGAAAAAAAUGCACCGACGAAUCAGAUAACAUGAAGGAGGAUGGUGUAUUUAAGCGGAAUCUGACCGCUCCUUCCUAUCAUGGAAUCAGGGGGAUCCAGUCCUGUUUGGAAGUGGCAGAGGCAUGUGUGCGGGACACAGUCUGCAAUGCACAGUUGGCCCUUUACCUGAAAGCUUGCUCAGCAAAUGGGAAUCUGUGUGAUGUGAAACACUGCCAAGCAGCCAUACGGUUCUUCUAUCAAAAUAUGCCUUUUAACGUUGCCCAGAUGUUGGCUUUUUGUGACUGUGCUCCAUCUGAUAUACCUUGUCAGCAGUCCAAAGAAGCUCUUCACAGCAAGCCAUGUGCACUGAACAGAGUUCCAGCCCCGACCUGCCUCGAUGUAAUUCGCAGCUGCCAAAAUGAUGAAUUAUGCAGGAGGCGCUAUAGAAUAUUCCAGGCAAAGUGCUGGCAGCACGUGACAGCAAAGUGCCAUGAGGAUGAGACCUGCAUCAGUACCUUAAAUAAGCAGGACUUCACUUGCUCCAGAAGUGAUGACUGCAAAGCAGCUUACAUGGGUACCCUCGGGACUGCCCUUCAAGGGCAGUGCACCUGUAGGACCACCACCCAAAGUGAAGAAUCUUUGUGCAAGAUUUUCCAGCAUAUGCUUCAUGGAAAAUCAUGUUUCAAUUAUCCAACCCUGUCUAAUGUCAAAGGCAUUGCAUUGCAUAAAAGAAAACAUGCAAAGGAAAUAUCCCUCAGUGGAUUUCAGUCCCCCUUCAACGGAGAAGUAAUCUAUGCUGUCAUGUGCAUGACAGUCACCUGCGGAAUCCUUCUCUUGGUCAUGUUCAAGCUUAGAAACUUCAGAAUAUCAAGUCAAACAAGAGAUCCUUCACCAAUCCAAAUACCUGGAGAACCCAUGAUUCAUUAA